UUUGAUAGAACUAAACAAUCACAGCUCAGUCGUUCAAAAAAUAAGUCACUGAGAUCAGUCAACACAGCCAUGGCUUCUUCACCGCAAAAAUCACCGUCAUCUCCAAAGUCUCCUACUCCCAAAUCGCCACCCUCGAGGAAGAAGGAUGAUUCGUUCCUCGGAAAACUUGGUGGAACUUUGGCUCGGAGAAAAAAGGCAAAAGAAGUCUCUGAGCUCCAGGAGGAGGGUAUGAAUGCCAUCAACCUGCCCCUCAGCCCCACGCCGUUUGAGCUGGAUCCUGAGGACACCAUGCUGGAGGAGAACGAAGUCCGCACAAUGGUCGACCCCAACUCCAGGAAUGACCCAAAACUCCAGGAGCUGAUGAAGGUACUCAUUGAUUGGAUCAAUGACGUCUUGGUGGGGGAAAGAAUAAUUGUUAAAGACCUAGCUGAGGACCUCUAUGAUGGACAGGUUCUUCAAAAACUCUUUGAAAAGCUGGAAGGUGAAAAGCUGAACGUCGCCGAGGUAACCCAGUCUGAGAUUGCCCAGAAGCAGAAGCUUCAGACAGUUCUAGAGAAGAUCAAUGACACUCUCAAGCUCUCCUCCAGAAACAUCAAAUGGAAUGUUGACUCUGUCCACGCUAAGAGCAUUGUGGCCAUUCUACACCUGCUGGUAGCUUUGUCCCAGCACUUCCGUGCCCCCAUCAGAUUACCAGACCAUGUCUCCAUUCAAGUCGUUGUCGUCCAGAAACGUGAGGGAAUUCUACAGUCUCGGCAGAUCCAAGAGGAGAUCACUGGAAACACAGAGGCAUUGUCUGGAAGGCAUGAACGGGAUGCUUUUGACACCCUGUUUGAUCAUGCACCGGACAAGCUGAACGUGGUGAAAAAAACACUCAUCACAUUUGUGAAUAAGCACUUAAACAAGUUGAACUUGGAGGUGUCAGAGCUGGACACACAGUUUGCUGAUGGUGUGUAUCUGGUGUUACUGAUGGGACUUCUUGAAGGGUACUUUGUCCCUCUUUACAACUUCUUCCUCACUCCUGAGAACUUUGACCACAAGGUCCACAAUGUGUCAUUUUCUUUUGAGCUCAUGCAAGAUGGUGGUUUGGAGAAACCAAAGCCCAGGCCCGAAGAUAUUGUGAACUGUGACCUGAAGUCCACAUUAAGAGUCCUCUACAACCUCUUCACCAAGUAUAGAAAUGUGGAAUGAAGCGUCCCUGAUCAGAUGUCACCCUUGGUGAUGCCAUGUUCACAUUUCUUAAUGAGCAAAACACUUUCAGCUUUAAUGUAUUAUCAGUAUUCUCUAAGGCCAGUAUCAAUAAUGUGUUAUGCAUUCCUUCACUGUUUGGCACACAUUUAGUUAUCCUGAACUGAUGUAAUCUUUACU